AUUGGACUGGUCUGUUUAAAAAAUACCGAAAGAGAGGCCCAAUAGACAAAACCGCGGCGCCAAAAGAAUUUCAUUUCAGAAGUGUGCAAUUCCAGAACGUCAUCAAUGGCAGAGUCUAUAGCGGUUUUUGGAGUUUCCACUUCCAAACUUCUCUCCUUCUCUCUUCGCCCUAACACCGUUUACCGUUCCCACUCUCCUACUAUCGUUCGCUCCUUCCACGCAGAUCCUCCUCCUUCUUUCCCUUACUUAACUCUUUCCAAUUCACACUCUCAGGUCUCCGUUGUUUCUUCCGAUUCCAAGACCGCUUCAUUUGACCUAAGUGCCCCUGAUUUGGACAAUACCAGCGGCGGCGGAGGUUUCGAAGGAAACGGAGACGAUUUUGGCGGCGGCGGUGGUGGCAGCGGCGGCGGAGGAGAUAAUAGUGAUAAAGGCAAAGAAGGAUCGGACGGAGAUAAGAGGAAAAUGGCUUUGUCAAUGUCUCAGAAAUUAACUCUAGGUUAUGCUAUUCUCGUCGGAGCGGGUGGUGUAAUGGGCUAUCUCAAGAGUGGCAGUCAGAAGUCACUUUUGGCCGGGGGUUUGUCUUCUGCACUGCUGUAUUAUGUUUAUACUGAGCUACCUGGAAGACCUGUUUUAGCAUCAUCUGUGGGACUAGGCAUAUCUGCUGCACUACUUGCGGUGAUGGGUUCUCGCUUCAAGAAAUCGGGGAAGAUAUUUCCAGCAGGUGUUGUGUCACUGGUAUCAUUCAUAAUGACCGGUGGUUACUUGCAUGGAAUUAUGCGUAGUACACACUAGAAUGUAAAUAAGGAAAGUGAGAUAUCCUGUAAACUUUGCUAAAUACAAUCCCCUAAUGUUAUGAAACUAGUGUUCUAUCCUGUAUACCCAUGGUUUAUGUUAGUUAUACAGGUAAACCUUUGUUGUGAAAUAAGGAUUGUGAACGUGAACUUUUCGUUUGGCCAAUGUUUACACACGUUCCUCUUUUUUGUUCC